CUCCGCAGCCUGGAAGCCGGAAGAGGCGGUGCGGCCCGGGCUGGUGGGCCCAGGCGCGGGAGACCGGCACUCUCAGAGCUGUCCAUCCGGGCUUGGGAGAGGGUGCCGCGGGCGUCUGGAGAGGGCGGCGCCGGGCCCCAGCGAACAUGGGUGUGCUCAGGGCCGGGCUCUGCCCAGGCCUCACCCAGGACAUGGUCCAGCUCCUGAGGAGCCACGGGAUCAAGACAGUGGUGGACCUGGCUUCCGCGGACCUGGCUUCUGCAGACCUGGAAGAAGUCGCGCAGAAGUGUGGCUUGUCUUACAAGGCCUUGGUUGCCCUGAGGCGGGUGCUGCUGGCUCAGUUCUCAGCCUUCCCCUGCAAUGGCGCCGAUCUCUAGGAGGAACUGAAGUCCGCCACUGCCAUCCUGUCCACUGGCAUUGGAAGCCUAGACAAACUGCUCGAUGCUGGUCUCUAUACUGGAGAAGUGACUGAAAUCGUAGGAUCCCCAGGUAGCGGCAAAAUCCAGGUAUGUCUUUGUGUGGCUGCAAAUGUGGCCCAUGGCCUGCAGCAGAACGUCCUAUAUGUUGAUUCCAAUGGAGGGCUGACAGACUCCCACAUCCUCCAGCUACUUCAGGCCAGAACCCCAGAUGAGGAAGAGCAGGCAGGAGCCCUCCAGAGGAUCCAGGUGGUGCGUGCCUUUGACAUCUUCCAGAUGCUGGAUGUGCUGCAGGGUCUCCGAGGUGCUGUGGCCCAGCAGGUGAGCCAUUCUUCAGGAACUGUGAAGGUGGUCAUUGUGGAUUCCGUCACCGCCGUGGUCUCCCCACUUCUGGGAGGUCAGCAGAGGGAAGGCUUGGCCUUGAUGAUGCAGCUGGCCUUGGAGCUGAAGACCCUGGCCCGGGACCUUGGUGUGGCUGUGGUGGUGACCAACCACAUGACCCGAGACAGGGACAGCGAGAAGCUUAAACCUGCCUUGGGUCGCUCCUGUAGCUUCGUGCCCAGCACCCGGAUUGUCCUGGCCAUCGGUGAAGGAGCAGGAGCACCAGGCAGUCAGUGCACGGCAUGUCUGACUAAAUCUCCCUGUCUGCCAACAGGUUCCCAGGAGACGGUAGACAUUGGGACCUGGGGGGCUCUCGAGCAGAGCUCACUGUUACAGGGAGAGCAGACAUGACUGUGCUGUUGAUUGGGAAGGGAGAGGCCUCGAGGCCCCUGACUCUCCUGUGCAGGAACGCCUGCUGUUCACUGCCAGCCAGCUCUUGGGAUGCAGGACACACUCUCUGGCCCGGCAGAAGGGAAUCUCAGAUUCCUCAUUUUGUUCUCUCUGUGGAAACAUAUAGAGGAUGGCAAGAGGCUGUAGUGGAGGACCCAGAAAUUCAUGCUGGAACCAAGUUUUCUUCCCUGAUUUCUACCAUGCGUGUGUCUACUGGAGCCAAGUUCAUUCACCCUGGAUGGGGCAUCUCUGAAGAGGCACGCUAGUGACUGGAUGGUAACCCCACGCAUCAUCAUCGUGCCUGCCCUCCAUCCAAUACAGUGACUGAACCAUGAAA